GUGAAUAUUUGGUCCAGAACUGGGGACAGUAGAAAGAACACCAGCGUUGGAAUCAGUUCAGACCUGUGUCUGCCACAUAGCUGAAAUCUCGAGCAACUCCUUCAGUCUGACAUGGCAGAAAAACCAAUGCGUAUGUCCACACAAAUACCCGAUGAUGAAGAUAUACAAAAAGAAGAUAAUAUCCGUUGUUUAACUACGCUUGGUCAUUUUGGUUUUGAUUGUUUGCCUCAACAACUGGUGAACAAAUCUGUUCAACAAGGGUUCUUUUUUAAUAUUCUCUGUGUGGGGGAAACUGGGAUUGGAAAAUCAACAUUGAUCGACACACUGUUCAAUACUAACUUGAAAGACAAAAAAUCCUCACAUUUUUGCCCAAAUGUUGGACUUAAAAUUCAGACAUAUGAACUUCAGGAAAGCAAUAUUCAAUUGAACUUAACUGUUGUGGAAACAGUGGGGUAUGGUGAUCAAAUAAACAAGGCAGGCAGCUACCAGCUAAUAGGUGACUACAUAGAUGCUCAGUUUGAGUCCUAUCUUCAAGAAGAAUUGAAAAUUAAGCGUUCCUUUGUUGACUACCAUGAUUCCCGUAUCCACGUGUGCCUUUACUUCAUUUCACCUACAGGACAUUCUCUGAAACCCCUUGAUCUAUUAACCAUGAAGAACAUUGACAGUAAGGUGAACAUUAUACCACUGAUUGCCAAAGCAGAUACAAUUUCUAAAAAUGAUUUACAGAAAUUUAAGUGUAAGAUAAUGAGUGAAUUGAUUAGUAAUGGCAUCCAGAUAUACCAGUUCCCAACAGAUGAUGAAGCUACCAUGGACGUGGACACCUCAAUGAAUGAACAUUUACCUUUUGCUGUAGUAGGAAGUACAGAUGAAGUGAAAGUUGGAAAAAGAAUGGUCAGAGGCCGUCAGUACCCUUGGGGAGUUUUACAAGUGGAAAAUGAAAAUCACUGUGACUUUGUUAAGCUCCGGGAUGUGCUUUUUUGUACAAACAUGGAAGACUUGAAAGAACAAACCCACACUUGGCACUAUGAACGUUAUAGGUGCAGCAAACUUCAGAAAAUGGGAUUUACUGAUGUGGAUCCAGACAACCAGCCAGUAAGUUUUCAAGAGAUCUAUGAAGCCAAAAGGCAGGAUUUCUUGGAUCAAUGUCAGAGGGAAGAAGAAAAGUUGAAACAGAAGUUUGUGCAGAGAGUAAAGCAGAAAGAAACAGCAUUUAAAGAAGCUGAAAAAGAGCUACAGGACAAGUUUGAGCAUCUUAAGAGGGUCCAACAAGAGGAGACAAUGAAACUUGAGGAGGAGAGAAGACAAUUGGAAGAAGAAAUAAUGGAUUUUUAUAAAAUGAAGGCUGCCUCUGGAACAUUGCAGACUCAGGAGUGUACCAGUAUAAGGAAGGACAAAGAUCGUAAGAAAUAAUCCUCUCUUACCAUCUGUGUGUCAUGGAGCCCUAUCACUCUCAAUCCCAUCUUCCUGUGAGAUUUUUCUCAUAGCACUAAUUCUGAUUGAAGUUAUACUAAGUUUUAAAAUCUGUUUGCUUAUUGUAUGUUUUCUCCAACUAGAAUGUGAACUCCUUGGGAGUAGGUACCUUGACCAUCUUGUUAAAUGUUCUGUCCUCAGUGUUUAGAACAAGAGUAGCACAGAAUUAGCAGUCAAUAAAUAUUUGCUAAAAUGAAAGAAAAUCAAAGAAUUAUAUAGCACA